AUGUGUUUCAAAGCAACACCAGCGACCGUUUACCGGAAAUGCGGCCACAAAUCAGAAGGCGUAGAUAACUUACCCUUCAAAAAUCCUCCAGAGGAAUGUCUAAGCAUCGGCCCAUCGCAAGGUCUCGCCUACGCCCUCAACAAAGACAUUGUCCUUAAGCUCCCUUUCCAAUACGAGGUAACUCAAGACACAGAGAUGUCACAUUGCUGGGACCUCUCAAUAGGGAGCUUUGUAGCCAUGGAGAAGGAGGUGGCUGUAUAUGAAGCGUUAAAGGCUGAGCCUCACCCCAAUUUUGCUGGGAUGCUGGCAACAAAUAAGACGGAUUAUCUGUUCUUGGAACGUCUCGAGCCUUUGCAAGAUGCGUGGGAAGGAGCCUCACGGGAAGAACGCCAUCGUUGGGUCCUGGAACUCCUCGCCGCUGUAAGCUGUCUUGAGAAGUUGGACUUCGUCAGCGGCGAUCUUGCAGUCCGCAACAUUGGUGUUGAUGGGGCCAAGAGACUCAAGCUUUUCGACUUUGGAUCAGCGAUUUCGCAAUCCCACUGGGACUAUGCGAAUGAGAUCCCGAGAGACCGCUUCAACUUGUCGACGUGCCUUCAUUUUCUCCUCUCGGGGGUCGAUCCUCUUGCCAACUUGCAUUCGCGUGCAGAGGCGGUCAAAAUUAGAGGGAUGAUGGAAGCUGGCCAAUGGGAAAUCUCAGAAGACGCGUCGAUUCUCGCGGAUAUGAUCCAGGAUGGCUGGACUGGCAAGGUAGAGUCAACCACGUUCAGCGAGCUAUUAGACGAAGCUGCCAGAAUCCUCAAUGUGAAGAGUGAAGGGCCGGCAUGCGACGUAGCGGGAAGCUAUUAUGAAGAACUGGAGGGUCGUUGUCAAGAAUGGCUUCGUUCUGCGCAAAGGGAUCCGCUCUGGAAAACACCUGAUGAGUAUGUAUUGAGUUGCAGGGAGGUAGGGCACGAAGCAGACUUGGACACCUGGCGAUGA